CUUCUUCUUCCUCCUCUUUCUCUCCUCUUCUUAAUCCUCCUCCUUUUUCUCCUGGAGGCGAUGCCCCCUUGGCUCCCACUCGCCCGGACUCUCGGGCAGCCCCUCAGGAGGGACCUGUUGGCAGCCACGGAGUUCCCGGAGCCUCUGCUUCUCCCAUGCUGAGCCCACCCCCUCUUCCUCCUCCUCUUCCUCCUUCCUCGGGGGGAGAUCCAGCGCCCGGGCUGAGGGAUCCUCUCCCUCUCCCUCCUCCUCCUCCUCCUCGGAGGGCUCUCCUCCUCCGCCGGCGCCUGGGAAGGGGAUCCCUGCUCUCUGCCUCUUGCCAGCCCAGGAGACCCAUGGCCGGAGCAAGAGCACCCAGCAGGACCGGGCUGCCCUGGGGCUAUUGAUCGGCAGAGAGAGAGAGAGAGAGAGAAAAGGAGACCAGAGCGGAGAGGAGGCAGGUGGGGCUGGAUCCUAGACUUGGGGCCCGGCAGGCGGGACCUGGAGCUGGGGGGGAGUCUGAAGACAGCCGGCGGAAGACCCCCUGCUCCCCCGCUCCCUGCCUUCAGCCUCCUCCUCCACUUUCCGCCGGGCUUCUCCUCCUCCUCAUCCUGCUUCUCCUCUGGAUCAUGUCCGCCAAGCUGCUCCUGGGCGUCUUUUGCCUCUCCGUCCUCCAAGCCUGCUCAAGACAGGUCAAAGAGGAUGACUUUGAGGAUUUUACAACAAACCAGAAAUGGGUAAUGUCUCCAAAAACGCAUGACACCGAUGUGACACUGUUGCUAAACAAGUUGCUAAGAGAAUAUGAUAAAAAGCUGCGGCCAGACAUUGGAAUGAAACCUACUGUCAUUGAUGUUGACAUCUAUGUUAAUAGCAUUGGCCCUGUGUCAUCAAUAAAUAUGGAAUACCAAAUUGAUAUUUUUUUUGCUCAGACAUGGACUGACAGCCGUCUCCGUUUUAACAGCACCAUGAAAAGAAGUCUCACUCUCAACAGCAAUAUGGUUGGGUUAAUUUGGAUCCCAGAUACAAUCUUCAGGAAUUCUAAAACUGCAGAAGCUCAUUGGAUUACUACACCCAAUCAGCUCUUGAGAAUAUGGAAUGAUGGGAAAAUCUUGUAUACUUUGAGACUUACCAUCAACGCCGAAUGCCAGCUGCAGCUACAUAAUUUCCCAAUGGAUAAACAUUCAUGCCCGUUGAUAUUCUCCAGCUAUGGCUAUCCUCAAGAAGAAAUGAUUUACCGAUGGAGAAAAAACUCAGUAGAAGCAGCAGAUCAGAAAUCUUGGAGACUCUAUCAGUUUGACUUCAUGGGUCUCAGAAAUACCUCUGAUAUUGUCCAAACUUCAGCAGGUGAUUAUAUAGUCAUGACUAUAUACUUCGAUUUAAGUAGAAGAAUGGGAUACUUCACUAUUCAAACAUACAUUCCCUGUAUAUUAACAGUUGUCUUAUCCUGGGUAUCAUUUUGGAUUAAAAAAGAUGCCACACCAGCAAGAACAGCCCUAGGUAUCACCACCGUGUUAACUAUGACAACACUCAGCACCAUUGCCAGAAAUUCUUUACCCCGUGUUUCCUACAUCACUGCCAUGGACCUGUUUGUGACUGUGUGCUUCUUAUUUGUCUUUGCUGCUCUGAUGGAGUAUGCAACACUCAACUACUAUUCAAGUUGCAGAAAGCCACACUGUAAAAAGAAGAAAAAGUCGCUACCUGAUGUCAGUUUUGGUCAUAUGAUGAAUUAUUCUGUACUAGAGAUGAGACCACCUCCUACAGUCAUUGCAUUGAAUAAUGCUAUGUACUGGCAAGAAUUUGAAGACAAUUGUAUCUAUGAAUGUCUGGAUGGGAAGGACUGCCAGAGCUUUUUCUGCUGUUAUGAAGAAUGUAAAUCAGGCUCAUGGAGGAAAGGACGGAUACAUAUAGACAUCUUAGAACUAGACUCUUAUUCAAGAGUCUUUUUUCCAACAUCAUUUCUUCUGUUUAACUUGGUGUACUGGGUUGGAUAUCUUUAUCUCUAAGGAAAAAGUGAAGGAAACUGUGUUUUCAUUCUUCUCAAAGGACAGUGAACAUACUGCAGUUCAGGACAUGGCCAGUUUCAUCGUAAGUCUGAAGAUCAUUUUACCUUUUCUCAUGAAAGAAAUAGAUUUUAUUUACACCUUUGUCAGAAAAAGACAAACAUUUUGUUUUUCAUUUCCUGUUUGAGAUAUUUGAUAAGUACACACCAGACACUGUCGUGUAAAUAGUGUUUAACUAUUCCUACAUGAUGGAGAAUUUGUUCUCUUCUCUGGGUUACAGAUUAUUAUGUAGCAUACAGGUGAGGAAACUAAGUAUAAGCACUAUGUUUAGGUUUUUCAUUCUUCUAUUCCCUUCACCUGUUGAAAAAUGUUCUAAGAACAAAUGCUUAUUGGUGCAGGUUUUCCAUGAUAUUAGCUGAAAUUACCUAUUUUUCUUUGAACUGUCUUUGACUCCAGUGAAAAACCACUGAAAUUCACUCCAUGGGUUUCCUUACUUUUGUCUUUGGUCUUAAUCUGAAAUGAAAAGUGUGUUUCAAAUGGCUUGUCACAACGACAGAGGUAUUAGACAAAUACUUUUAUUAAAUAUUCCUUUAAUACAAGGUAUAAAAUUCAUCUGACUGGUCAAAUACAGCAGGAAAUGCAUUGACUUUGAAAAUGAUACACUUGCAACUUGACAAGGCUUAGCUUGAUUAUGGUAGUGUAGCAGACUGUAGCUGACAAGACAUAGGUGCACUAUUUAAUAGCACGGGGAGGAUAGCAUUAGUUGCAGAUUGAAAUUUAUUUUCUUCCAUACAUUGAGUUGUUGUGGGGUUUUUUAAGUGAUUUUUUUCACCAGCAGAAAAGAGCUAUUUUGCUCAUUCAGAAUACAAUUGACAUACGUUAGUCAUGGUUCUGUGUGAGCUAAAAUGAAUAUACUAGUUCUUACUCACAUAGGGCAUCCAAUUCAUUUUUCAUUAGAGAGUCUUAAUCUGUAUAUGCAUUCUUUUGAGUGGCUGAGUUCAAUUCUUCCAUUUAAGUGAAUGGAGAAGUACUUGGUGGAGAAAUCCCCUACCCAUCAAGGUUCCUGCACUGGUAAGCAGCAUUUGGACUGGCACAGUAGAGGAUGAUGUUAUUAACAAAUAAAUAACAGCCUUGUGUAUGCAGAUAUAAUUUUCAAAAAUAUUGGGAGUUUCUGUCAUGUACAACAGAGUUGAAAAUUCUUAGGGAUGAAGAAUUGGAUUCCCCCCCCCCCCAAAAAGAUCUACAAGUAGAUUUUAAAUUGGAAAUGUGUUUUGUUUUGUUUUGUUUUUAAACAUGGUUCAUACAUUAAAUUACUGAAAGUACUUUUUCUGCAUUAUAAGCUAUUCAUUAUAGGUGAACCAUUACUUCUUUUCCCAGAGAUAAAUGUGUCAAAAUGCCUCUUUUUAAACAAAAAUAUUUAAGUGUUUUUUUUCCUUUUUUAAAACCACUAUCUUUGAAUAGAAUGGCAUCUUCAGAAGUGUACUAUCAACACCAUCAAAUGCCUUUUUCUGUCACUCUGAAGUAUUCAUGUUGCUUGUUUGAAAAUUUAUAUGUUUUAAUAUUGUGCACAGUUCAUAUUGUUCUAUAUAUUUCCAUUUACUCCUGAAAUGAAAAAAAAAAAAAGAAAGAUUUCCCAGAGCAUACUGAAAGAAAAUAGUUCAGGAGGUAUGGGAGAUUGGGGAAGGAUAUUUGUUGUAAUGCAUUUUUAAUUUCAAUAUUUUUGCAAAGCAUAUGUGAGAUUCUGAUAGUUACAAGAAAACAUUAAGGAAGGAUAAUAGAUCAGUGAUAGGGCUUAUAUUCUGUAUGAAAAAGAUCCUAGAUUCAGUUCUUGGCAGAACCAGGUAGAGCUGAAAAAGUCUGUCUGAAAGUCUGUAGAACACCAAACAUUUAGUGUAAACAGUAUUGAAUUAGAGGAACCAGUGGUCUGACUUGGUGUAAGACAAAUUCCUGUAUUCUUGAUGUAUGAUUAAUUCAAGUUUUAACAACAAAAUCUCCAGGCCAAUGGUAUAUUGCUAUAUAAGAGGAGCAAUAAUGCUUCUCUACUUAGCUGGAUGGCUUGAGAAGUAAACCUUCCCCAGUAAAAUACUGGGAUACUAUAUAAUCUCAGGCCAAGAUAUUAUCAUGUUUCAGUUAUAUAGUGUGUCUUUCCCUUAUGUGAGGGAUCUGUCCAGGACCUUCCCACAUAAGGGAAAUACCACAUAUGCUGGAGCCCCAUUGAAACAAUGGGGCUUGUGCCCAUGGCACACACGCCAUUGCCUCUUCAGGCUUUUUGUCUUAUGCAUAGAUGUCAGUUCCCCAUUCAACACCAAUCCACAUUCUUGUAAGAAAUGAAAUCCAAAUAGUAAAUAUCAAAGAGUUUUCUUUACUAAUAAGAACCUCAUGACCUAUCAUUAGAAAAACAAAGUAAUAAAAGUGAUUUGACAGCAUAAGUAAGGUUGAGAACCAAACUAAUAACCACCUAGUAAAAUAUCCUGCAAACACUCUGUCCAAUGGGUAAAUUUAAAUGGACCACAUUGGCUUCUGCUAGUCAUAAUUAGUACUUGACUUUUUCUUAAGAAAAUGGGAAAUUGCCAUCCUGUACCACUAAUUUCAACUGGAAAUUUUCCAGUUGGUUUUGUUGGAAAAGAUGAUUGUGUUCCAAGGAAAUUACACAUAUUAUUUGCAAUUAUAUAAAAUAUGUAAACCAAACUCUCCAUGUAUAGGAUAGUACUUUUAUAUUCUACCCUCUAUUUUCUAUACUGUGCCUUAUCCAAAAGAUUCAUCUGAUAGCAAACAAAAAUCCUUUUGUGCUUAAAAUCUUUCUUUACCAAAAUGUAGCAUCAGAAUACUAAUUCCCCAACUACAGCCACACAUCUUGCGGAAAUAUUGGGCUACUUAAGUUAUAAUUCAGGCAUACAUUUAGAAAACAAAUGUAUCAUCUCCUUUAACAAUCUCUUAUGGAAACAGUGCAGCACAUUGUUUUUGUGCAGUUUUGGGGCUAUGUGGCCAUGUUCCUGAUGUUCCACCAGCAUCUGUGGCUGGUGUCUUCAGAGAAU